AUGAAUCAAGAUCUUAUAUAUACUUGCGAAAUAAGUAAUGCAAAAAACAAUUCAUCACGCCUUUUAUGUCUGUAUAACGAAAAGUUAAUAAUCGGCAGCACAAAAUUAAUUUAGAACAAAAAUGACCUUGCAUAGGAAUAAAGAGAUAGAUCUAUAGACCUGACUUCUUUUUCAACUACAAUAAGUUGGAUAUUUAAGUAAUAUAUAUAAAUUAAGGAGUAGAGAAAAAAUGGUUACAGGGUUUAAGGUUUCAUAUUAUUGUUGUGUUUCGAAUGCUUUAAAGUCCUUAACAUAUUUAGGCGAAGCACAAAAGAUGAAACAAUUUAAGAAAUUACUCGAUGGUAAAGCAUUGUACACUGAAUUUGACAAAGAUUAUUUAUUAUCAAGUUCUUUGGUAUAAAAAGAAGAUGUAGAAGUAUUAUUAUUAUUUAUUAAUUCAUAUAGAUCUCUAAAUAUUUGUAAAUUGAGACAGGAGAACUAAAAUUAGUUAAAAAAUUGAAAAUAAAGAUUAAUUAAUAAGUAUGAGUUUAUAAUUUAUUUAAGUCAAAACUCUAAGAGGAAAUAAAUAUUGUUUUGGCACUAAAUCAUUAAAAACAUAAAAGUCUUCUUUAGGUUGAUGAAAUUUAUAAGGAAUAAAAUGAGAUAAUAUUUAUUAUGAAGUACUGUUAAGGAGGAACUCUUUAUAAUUAUUUACUGAAAAGAAAUUAUUAAUUAGAUUUGGAUGAAAUCAAAUUGAUAAUGAAGAAACUUCUUAAAGGAGUGGAACACAUGCAUAAAUUAGGAAUUAUUCAUAGAGAUUUAAAAUUAGAUAAUAUACUUUUUGAAAAUGAAAAUGAUAUAAAAUCAAUUAAAAUAAUAGAUUUUGGAUUUGCAGUAGAAUUAGGCUAUUAAAAUUAAAUUAGAUGUGGCACACCUGGAUACAUGGCACCUGAAAUUUUAAAUUAAGAAGAUUAUGACGAAUUAAUUGAUAUUUAUAGUUUAGGAAGCAUAUUCCAUUCUCUAUUAUCAGGUCAAAAAUUGUAUCCAGAAUAUUAAGAUAAAGAUCAUUUAAUAUUCUUGAAUAAGUUAAAUAGAUAUAAAGUAUCUCCAAAAAUCAUGAAUAUUGAAUAAAGAUAACUCCUUCUUUUGAUGAUUGGACAUAAGAAGCAUCGACCUUCAGCUUCAUUUUGUCUGAACCAUUCAUUUUUCAAAAAGAAUAAUGAAAUAUUUCAUCCAAUAGAAAAUUAAGUAAGACAAUUAAGUUUUCCAACUCUAAAAAACCCUUUUAGGAAACAAUCUAUAAAGUGCUGA